AUGACAUACAGCGACGACUUUCUCGUCCAGAAAUUGCGAGACAUUCUCCUCCGACUCUACCCAACUCCACAAACGAGUCCUUUCAUCAUUUCUGAGAACGGGUCCAAUUCCAAAUUUCCUAAACUCUACUUCUCCAAUCCGGACGAGGACAGGUUUGGAGAAAAUGAGAACAUUGCCAAGACUGAGUUCGCCAUAGGACCUCAAAGUGGUGGUGGUGAAAGGAUAGGCCGAGAAUUUGAGACUGGACGUCUUGGCGAAAACGAAACACUUUUCUCGGACGUGGUACAAAAACAGGAUGCGAAUCUCUUCGCAGUUGUGCACAACAUAUCCAACUUUGAUCAUCUCGGGGUUGACGAGUCCUCCAUAAUUUUGGGGAACGUGACGACCAAUCCGGAACAAAGAGACGACCUGUACGACACCACGCUCACGCGACACCUCCACGAGUUUAUUCAAGUUUUAAAAAUGUCGCUCAGUUCGGGUGGGACUUUUCAUAGUGCGGGGGGUGAAAUUGACGUCAAUGCUCGUGUGGGGGGUGUUGACAGUGGUCACCACUUGGACCAUAUUAGCACCAGGAUUAGCACUUCUGGGGCAGGAUUGAGCCCCAAUGACCUAGAAUUCAAUCUCACUCUGGAUGAUAUCCUCGAUCUAAACAUGUUAUUGGACGGGUCAGAAAGUGCGAUCCAGUUUAAACACGUGUUAAUCAUUGUUCUCUAUUUCCUCAUUGCUGUCAUUUCAAUUGUCGGAAACUUGUUGGUGGUCCAGUUAGUAAUCCGAAGUCGAAGACUGCACACCCUGACGCACGCUCUUCUAGCAAAUCUCGCAGUGGCUGACCUUUUCAUGGCCACCCUGAACAUUCCCUUCAGUGCGGCCAGGGUCAUCCUAGCUGAGUGGCCCUUUGGUCCUGUCCUUUGCAAAAUGGUGCCCAUGGUGCAGGUUGUGUCCGUCUACGUCACCUCCAUCACGAUGGCCGUUAUUGCGAUCGACAGAUAUUCUGUCAUAAUGAAUCCGCUCGGGACGCGGAUGAAAAGUUCUCACGGGGUCCUACUCGUUCUCGCCAUUUGGUUAGUGUCUGGGCUGCUCUCACUUCCCUACGCUAUCUACCACAAGGUAUCUCGUGUCCUCACUCUUGGGGUCGUGACGCGAUGUCAAGCCGAGUUUGGGACAUACCGACGAUGGCUGACCGUGGGAACGUUUCUCGCCCAAUACUUAAUUCCUCUCGGGGUCACCACAGUCUCCUACAUCUCCAUUAUGCAGAGGCUGAGACAACGCUCGGACGCCAUGGGAUCCACAACUCCACGUCAAUUAGCAGCACAAUCUCGAGCUAAAAAGAAGACUAUAAAAAUGCUCGCUCUGACCGUUUUAUUUUUUGCCGUAUCCUGGGCCCCCAUCAACAUUUACCACCUGCUCACACAUUUCUCCGUCGUGCGACACAAUUCGACUGCAAUUCUUGUCUGUCAUCUCAUCGCCAUGUCGUCCUGCACCGUCAACCCUUUCAUUUACUGCUGGUUUAACGACCACUUUAGAAGAGAGGCCCUCAAGUGGCUGCGCUGCUUCCGGACGAGGCGGUGUCCAAUUGUGCAUCCGGGGAUGGAAAUUAAUGGAGUUUUGACCCCAGCGGAUAUCGCGUGUGCUAGGACGCAAUCUACAACGUUUGCCAGCACGAGUUUGAGAAGCCCGAGAUUACCGCAGUCGCACAGUUAUCAGAGUCGAUUGGUUGGACGAACUCUACAAGAAACCUCGUUCUUCGAGUCAUCCUUAAGUCACGGGACUGGCCAAGGCCUCCGAAAUGGGGACACAUAUCCAGCCCCAUUCUCCCCACUGCACCCCACGAUGAAAUCCCGACCCUUUCUGAACCACUCACUUUCGCAGUACUAUCCCAUCCCUCACCAAAAACAUCCUCAUCUUGCCGACAUCGACGCGGAAGUCGGGUGCAAGAGUGAGCGGUCAGAGUCGCAGUUUUUGGAGAGCAGUCAGUCAUACGAGGACAUCUUUAGGGCCACAUCCCCCACGUCUACGAAAAUAAGGACGACGCAAAACGUGGGCGGAGAGGAGUUGGAGGGUGUGGUGAGUUCUAGUGAUGAUGAGGAGGAUGACCUUCACGUCUAUUUUGAAACGGUGGCAAAUUUUGAGGCGGAGAAAACUAAACAAGCACAGCAACAGGGUUUGGAAGUCAAUGAUGAAGAUGUCACAAAGAAUUAGAGAAGUGAAGUGAUGAUUUAUUGAGAUAAA